UGGGAGGCACUCCCACCCAAUACAAUAUUCGUAGACGUCGGUUCAGCACAGGGUUCCGUUGCUUUACACGUACUACGGCACGUGUAUGCGAAGACUCCGACAUUCAAGGUUGUCUGCCAAGACCUAGAAGGGCCUAUUCAGUCAGCCAGACAGUUUUGGCAGGAUGAAUUUCCUGAAGCACUGGCGGAUGGGCGAGUCGAGUUGCAA